AUGCCUGGCCUGCUUCAAUCAGCUUUGGUAGGAACCGUGGAUGGACAAAUUCGUCUUUGCGACAACAGCCCAAUCCCGGAAGUGUGUGGGAAUACGGUUCUUAUCAAAAUUAAAGCAGUAUCAAUCAAUCCGGUGGACUCCAAAAUGAUGGGUGCUUAUGUGACUCCUGGUGCAGUCGCAGGGCAUGAUUUCGCGGGUAUUGUUGAUCAGAUUGGACCCGAUGUCACAGGAGUCAAAGUCGGUGACCGGGUGUGCUCAGCUGUCAUGGGCAUGAAUCCUGUCAAGCCCACCGUUGGCGCAUUCGCCGAGUAUGUCGCCGCUCAAGAUCACCUAAUGAUUAAUUUGCCGGAUACUAUGAGCUUUGAGGAAGGCGCUUGCCUUCCAACUGUUUUCGUGACAGCAGGCCUGUCCCUAUUCCAUUACAUUGGUCUUCCCGGAAGUCCUUUCAAUCCUGUCUCUCCCGAUUCCAAAAUCCGCAGAGUUCUUGUACACGGUGGCGCUUCAGCUACGGGGACUGCUGCCAUUCAACUGCUUAAGCUUGCCGGAUAUGAAGUGCUUGCCACAUGUUCACCUCAUAACUUUGACCUGGUUCGAGGAUACGGUGCAGAUGCCGUUUUCGACUACCAUGCGACCGACUGUCCCGCUGAAAUAAGAAGUCAUGCUCGGAAUGUCCUUAAAUAUGCCUUGGAUUGUGUUUGCAAUACGGCAAGCAUGCAGUUUUGCUAUCAGGCUAUGGGUCGCUCUGGCGGCAAGUACGUAGUACUUGAACCUUACCCCGAGUCAAUCGCUCAGACGCGAAAAGUGAUCAACCCCCAGUGGGUUUUGUCAUUACUGGUCUUGGGCCACGAGAUCGCUUGGCCGGAACCACACCGCAGUCCGGCUCAUGCUGCUAUCGCGGAGUUUGGGGCUACCUGGACUGACACAUUGAAUCAGUUGUUAGCCCAGGGGCUAAUAAAACCCCAUCCGCCCGUGAUUCGAGAUGGUGGUCUUGGCAAGAUUCUUGAGGGUAUUGAGGAUGUUCGAUCAAAAAAGAUGUCUGGGAAAAAGCUCGUGUAUAUAAUGUGA